AUAAUUGUCUUUCAUCUUUCAGUUUUUUCCUGAAAAUUUUUGUUGCGUGUUGUAGUAAAGUAUGGCCAGGUGUCAAGUUUGUAUGAAAGGUAUAUUGUACAUUGUUUUAUCAUAUUGUCACCAUGUUGGAUCAACGUCAGAUUAUCCUAUUAUAUUGGUGGUAUCGUAUGAUGGUUUUCGGUACAAUUACUUUGACAAGAAUAUUACACCAAACAUAAAUAAAGUCAGGACCAGUGGGUCUCAUGCAGAAUAUAUGAGGAAUGUGUUUAUAACGAAGACGUUCCCCAAUCAUCACUCUAUUGCAACAGGAGUUUACCCAGAAGUUCAUGGGAUUCUAGCAAAUUAUGUUUAUGAUCCUCAUUAUGGUAAAAUUCUACGAUAUAGUGACGAGUUUUGGCAUUUCAAUGAUGCAGUAGUACCAAUAUGGACACUGAAUGAGAAGGCUGGAGAAGGCCGUCACAGUGGUGUGAUGAUGUGGCCAGGAGGAGGAGACGAGGUAUACCAGAAUACGACACUGACAUUUAGUCAUGGUUACAACUCCUCUGUUCCAUUCUCAGAUCGUGUCGACACUGUUCUGUCAUGGAUUCUACAUCCACAAACACCUGCCAACCUUGUCUUCCUGUAUUUUGAGGAGCCUGAUAAGACUGCACAUGUAUAUGGACCUGAGUCUCAGGAAGUUCAAGAAGUAAUUGUUAAAGUUGAUGAUGUAACAGGUUACUUGGUGAAGAAACUUGAAGAGAAUAAUUUGACAGAUGCAGUUAAUGUGUUCCUCUUAAGUGAUCAUGGGUUUGAAACAGUUACAACUUCAAGAAUCAUAAAUGUAACAGAUGUGAUUAAAGGAAUGAAUUAUACUGUGGUGGGGAAUUCUCCUACACUUCAUAUUUAUCCAAAUGAUGGUGAUGGAGACGCUAUUUACAAUGCGCUGAAGAAUGCGUCCAAAGAAAUAGGGCAUUUUUCAGUAUAUCACAAGGAAGAGAUACUUGAACGUUGGCACUAUAAGAAUAAUCGGCGUGCGCCACCCAUAUUUGUUUUGGCUGAUGAGUCCUAUGCUUUUGAUGAUAUGUAUCAGUAUGUUGAUGAAUAUGAGAAGUCAACAAACAAAACAAUUACAGAUAAUGUAACAUUUGGUGUUCAUGGAUAUGACAAUAAUGAAAAGAAUAUGCAGCCAUUUUUCGUUGCAUUUGGACCACUGAUUAAGAAGCAGUACAAGAUUGCUCCAUUUGAUAAUGUGGAUUUGUAUUCCUUAUUCUGUUAUAUGCUGUAUCUCAAUUCGUCAGUCACGAAUGGGACUCUUGACAAUGUGAAGUCAUUGCUAGCGAGUGAACCAGAUCCUUCAUUGUCAUACAUACUUGGUGGGGUUGUAGUGGCAGCGUUGUCCCUCACUGCUGCUGCAAUUUUGACCCUGUGCUUACUAAGACACAGACAGAAGAAAGCUGAUUCAUUGGGCCAGUCGUACAGUGGUUCGUGUACGGAACAUGAACCAUGAGACCACUUGUUUAUUUCACAGGACAAUCAGCAAGUCAGAUCAUGACCAGUCACAGAGUGAAAUGGAAGCCCAGCAUCUACUAGAAACCAAUGACACUGAAGACUAAUAGAUCUACAUGUAUGAAUGUAUCAUAUUAUAUGAGAAUAGCAGUUAAAGAUGUUCCUAAAUGCUUAAAAAUUAAUAUGAUAGAUGUAAUGCAUUGUCACACACAUUAAUGUGUUGUUUAUGUAAUGCCAAAGUUUAAUGCACAUACGACUGCUUUGUAGGUUACUUAAGAGUUCUGCAUUACUACAUAUAUUUGUUUAGAAUCGAAAGAGAUAUGUUUUUAAGUUGAAUGUGGCAGUAAUGGCCUUAUUAAGACACUGUCCUGUACUCAUCUCGGAAACCUGAGGAAAACUACAAAUAAUCUCAACCAACAUGAGCAUUUCUUGGACAGGGAUUGCUCUGGGAAGAAAUAAAAGUUCUAUACCUUCUGCAAAGAUGUUCGUAAUUAGAGUACGCCAUAUUUGUUAAGUUAUGUAUGCACUCCAAUUAAUUGAUGUAUCUUAUAUAUAAUGUUAAUGUUUAUAUUUCUUUUAUCAGUGUGCAUUAUCUUAAGAAAAAUGGACUUAUCAGUGAUAUAUUAGAUCAUAGGCAGGAGAGAUAUAUUUUUAAUUAAUAAUAUACAAAUUUAAGAUGUACAUAAAUUUUGAUUUCUGGGUGUAAUCAGUAAUUUAUUAACAGGUGUUAUCAUUUGGUAAUGUGACUUGGUUCAGACUGACCGUAAUAUAUUUUUAUUGAGUUCAGUUUGGAGGAAGACUAAUUUAUUCAAGUUAAUUUUGUCUUUAGGCACUGGUUCCCGGCUUUCUGUAAACUGUCAGACUGUUACUACAGUAUCUGAUAUUUGUGGUUCAUCUGGGUUGUGAUAACCAUUGCUUCAGAGGAAUGUAUUGCUUUCAUCUUCAGUCUCCACUUCACCCUGAAGAUGGAGGCAAUGCAGUCUUCUGAAAUAUUGUUAAUCACAUAGAAGCCAAUGUGGUGUCAGCAGCCUAGAAGAUCAUGAUUGACAUGUUAAUGCUGUAAUAGAUUUUCUGAGGACUGUUGCCAGUCUCACAUUGAACAG